UUGAAUUUCAUGAUAACCAACUCUCGUAAAGUUUCAACGUCUCCAUCAAAAAAAAUUGAAAACGUUUUCAAUGUUCACUUUGUUUUCAUCAAAGCAACAACUCCAAGUGGGAUUGUACUAUGUAGGACUACUACUCGACAAGUAUCGAUCGUCUCUAUCAAUAGCCGUCCAAUUUAAAAAAAAAACUCAUGCAAUAUCGUCCAUUGAUAUACCCUAACGUUAUCCUUCAUGUCCCACCUUCAAAUUUAACAAUAAAUGUUAAGUUUAUAUGCGAUACACUACUUCUUCUCAUUGUGAUCAUUUUCAUGCUUUCUUGAUCUUCUUUAGCUCUUCUACUAGUACUCCAUAUAGUUUUAGUAAGCAAUGAACUCCUCUAGCCUCAUACACGUACCGAAAACGGAAGCCGAGCUAACACAACUAAAGAACUCCCUCCCACAAGAGCUAUGGUUCAAUGGAAACCCUAUGUACCUAUACCAAGGGUUUUGGACUCAAAAGUUAGAAUCCUUGGUUGCUUUUCAAAACCACUUUGAAGCACAUGAUACUGAUAUCUUCAUUACAAGUGCUCGAAAAGCCGGUACAACUUGGCUCAAAGCUCUUGUGUACGCCAUUUGCAACCGCGCAAAUCACCCACCUUCUGAAAGCCCCUUACUCGUUCAUAACCCUCACGAGUUAGUCCCUCAGUUAGAGUCCAAUACCUACUUUAAAUCGAAGUGUCCGGAUCUUAGUAGCCUAAAGUCUCCUAGGCUUUUCGGCACCCAUGUUCCUUAUCCAUCAUUGCCUAGUUCGAUCAAGGACACUAAUUGCAAAAUCAUAUACAUUUAUAGAAACCCAUUCGACACCUUGGUGUCGUCGUUGUUGUUUUAUCAAAGUGUGGAUGAUAAUAAGACUCUAAAGCCAGAGUUAUUAGGUCAAUUUUUUGACAUGUUUUGUGAAGGGAGAAUUCCUUUCGGUCCUUUUGAAGAUCAUGUGUUGGGAUACUGGAAGCAGAGCUUAGAGCGGCCACAUAAGGUGUUGUUUGUCAAGUACGAAGAUUUGAAGGCGGAUCCAAAACCUCACUUGAAGAAAGUGGCAGAGUUUGUAGGAUGCCCGUUUUCGGAAGAAGAAGAGAUGGGAAGUGUUAUUGAUGGCAUUGUCAAGUUGUGUAGCUUAGAGAAGCUGAAAGACGUUGCGACGUCGAAUAAGAGUGCUAGGGUCUAUUCUUCAAUUCAAAAUGAGAAGUUCUUCCGAAAAGGGGUUGUUGGAGAUUGGGUAAAUUAUUUGACUCCAUCUAUGGUGGAGAGACUUGAGAAGCUCAUGCAAGAGAAAUUUAGUGGUUCUGGCCUAUUGUAAGAUUAGUUGUUUUAUUUCCUUUGUUCUGUAUGGAUUGUUGUACUUUUUUUUUUGUUUUUUUUUUUUUUUUUUGGGUCCGACAUGUCCCUAAGAAAUCGUUCGUUUCAGCUACUCUGUCAAUAAAAAAUCUUUAUAAAUUAAAGUGAUAUAGGGAAUAAGGCAAUUUUUUAGAGGACAGAAGAAGUGUACAUGCAUAUAUAUAUAUCUAUUAUUAUUACGCAUAACUAAAGGUGAACCUAAAAUGUCACGUGUCAACUAAAAAUAAACUUAUUAAAAAGGAAUACGUGUCAACUAAUAAAAAACGGAGGUAGUAUUCCCUUCGUCCCAUAAUAUAGUUUCUGUUUUCCUAUUUUAGAGAUCCAAAAUAUUGUUCCUAUUUCUACUUUUGGAUAGGUUGUAAAGAUCAUUAUAUCCUCACUUUUUUAACUUUAUUCAUUGUAUUUUUUAAAUUACCCUUGAAUUUUACACAUUUUUUAUACUUUUUUCCAUUUUUUCUCUCUAACUUUUGUCUAUAAUUGUACUUUUCACAUUUAUUAAUGUACUUUAUCCACUUUUUCCUCCUAUUUCUUAAAUACCGUGAAAAAACAUAAACAAGAACUAUAUUAUGGGAAGGAUGGAGUAUAUGUUUUCCAUUAACGAUGCCCUAAGCUAUUACUUUUUUUUUUUUUUGGAAUAAAUCCUAAGCUAUUACUUUGGACACUUUUAUUGGAUAAGCAGGCUCAUUCUCUUAACACUUUAGGCUUGCUUGUAAAUUGUAUAUUUUUGAAUAUUUUAUCUUUACUAAAAAAUAUUAAUUUUAUAUCCAAAAACUCUGUUACAUGUUUUUAUAUAUUUGACCUUUUUCAUA